AUGCAUGAGCCCCUGUUUUUGUUCUCUGCGCGCGACAUUGAUGAAGGCCCAAAGAGUGAUGUAGCAGAGGAAGAUGCCAUACCUGUAAGGAUCUUCAAUGAACAGGGCAGUACGAGGUCUCCCUUCUCUGACCUCACUCUGACGACUUCACCAUCAUGGCCCCCCCCAAAGAAGAACAAUGGCAAAGCAACUGCGGCCGCUAUCCCAGAGGCUCGGCUCACUGAAGCAGAACGCCUGGCUGCCGUUGAUGCCUUGUUGGAGAAGAAGAAAGCGACAGCAGUGAAAGCUGCUACCACUAGGGCCAGGAACAAGAAAGCGAAGGAAGCUGCUGCUCAAGCUCUCUGGGGGCAGACGAGGAGCCCCUUUCGAGCGUUGAGGACGACGCUACGCGCCCUGCCCGCAACCUUUCUGUCACUGAAGAAGAAUCCGAUGAGCCGCUGCGAGUACUGCGUGGAGCAACAUAACAAGUGCCUCCCGAUCCCAACCUUCGUUCUCUGCCAGUUCAAUCGCCUUGCCGACGCCUUCCAGCUGUAUCGCGACGCCAUCCAGCACGACGAGGAGGCCUUCUCCAAGACCUUAGCCAACAGCCGUGCUAAGAUCUUAGCAGCCGUCCAGGAGAAAUAUACAGCCUACAUCGUGCAAGGCAAGAAUCUCCUUCGUCGCCGCCACCGCGUGGGUCACGACUCGCAGCCGCAGAAGGUGAAUCUCGGCCUCGCCCUCAUUGAGAUCGUGUCGGAGGUCCGAAGCCUGCGCCGAACUACUCGUCUUGGCAAUGACCUCCAGAAGGCUAUCCACCGCCACCUUCCUGACGUCGCCCUGGCUGAGGAGUACGAGUCUUCUGACAGCGAGGACGACGUGGACCGGGAACAUGUCGAUGGCGAGCUUGAGCCGGAUUGGGAGCUGGAGACUGUGGUGGGGUGA